CUUCACCCUAACUUCAACUUAUUGAAGAGUCUACAAAUACACCAAUUUUGUUUAUUCAGUAUCUUAUAUAAUUCUAGUCUGGUGUUUUCCACAGAUAUAUACGCUAAGAACUCAUAAACAGCGGAUUUAGUUCCUCAUCUUCGAUUUUUUUAAGGCUGAUACUAAUCAGGCAGCUCAUGCAUGCUGAUCCAGCACUUUCAAGAUGAAACAAGUGAACAAGCUCCCCCUGACUAACGACUGCCACCACUGGACUCGUCUGGGCGAAGUGCCUUGGGACUUACAAAAGUACUGGCAGCAAAGAUACACUAUUUUUCCUUACUACGAUGAAGGUAUCUACAUGACUCAAGAUGCCUGGUUUGGCGUGACCCCCGAACCAGUUGCGAACCAAAUCGCGCUAGAGAUGGGUUCUAUUAUUAGCGAGUCAAAGACGACAAUCAUAGAUGCAUUUGCUGGCGUAGGAGCAAAUUCUAUUGCCCUUGCCUUGGCCACAGCUGAAGACGGCUCAACGCCCCGCUGGGACAAGGUGAUCGCUAUUGAGCUAGAUGCAGCCACUCUUGCCUGUGCGCAACAUAACGCCUCCUUAUAUGGUGUGGCUGACCAUAUCAUCUGGGUCCUGGGUGAUAGCUUUAAGUAUCUAGACGCUUUGGUGAACUCGCCAGACAAGCUAGAAGAUGACCUACGAGUAGACGUGGCAUCCACGGCUGUGUUCGCAUCACCGCCCUGGGGUGGGCCAGGAUACAGGACCGAUGAAAUAUUCGAUCUGAAUACCAUGGAGCCCUAUAACUUGGCCCAAUUACAUGGCGCCUACAGAACUAUGGACCAUGCCCUUUACCUACCACGCACGAGCGAUCUAAGACAAAUCGCCAAGCUGGCCCCCGAUGGGACUAAGAUCGAGGUUGUGCAGUAUUGUGUUGAGGGUGCAAGUAAGGCAAUGGUGACCUACAUACCCGCUGCCAAAGACGAAGAUACUCACAUGGAAACAUAACCUUCCAAUUUGGCUAACGACCCCUCUCUCACUGGUUUUAUAAAUAAGUCGAGUUGUUCAGUUC